AUGUGGCACACUCUAUUUCUCAUCCUUGCCCUUGUGGCGGGAUCAAAAGCAGGUCCUAUACAAGAGAUCCAGAUAUCAGACAAAUGUGCAAGACAAUGCACUGUGUCACACCAAUUCAACUACGAACCCGGAACGACCUAUGAAUUCACAUAUGAGACGGACAUACGGACGGCUGUACAGGGCGCCUCGGAGGAUCAUGCUGGAGUCCACCUUACAUCCAAAGUCUACUUGGACUUUGCUUCCAAAUGUGAAAUGAUCAUGCGGCUGAGUGACGUUAAACUGAGCGAACACGACCCAGAAACGUCAACCAUGAAGCCGGUGUCAUCUCCCGAACUAGCGGACCUUGAAAAACAACCUCUGACGGUGUCCUUCCAAGACGGCACAAUCGAAGAUCUAUGUCUGUCACAGGUCGAGUCUGAUAAGACCUUGAACAUUAAGAGAGGUAUUCUGUCACUGAUUCAGAACAACAUGGACGAUAUAACCAAGCCUCAGACUCUCAGCGAGUCGGACGUUGCCGGAACCUGUGAAACCGAGUAUUCCUCCCAGGACAAGGGCUGGUACAAACAGAUCAUCAAGAAGUCCAAGAACCUGUUGGGCUGUACAGAACGCCACAACGGAAACAGCGCUGUCCAGGGCAUCCCAUACCAGGCCAAAUCGCUACGGUCCAAUCUCGAACUUCUCUGA